AUGUCCAAUAUGAAGAACGACAAGAAGGCCAAGAAGGGCGCUCCUCCCGCGAGUCGCAUCGCCGAUCAGCGAUUCGCCGACUUCGAGACUGAUCCUCGAUUUCGAUUGCCCUCCAAGAGGCAGACAAAGACUACGAUCGACAAGCGAUUCUCGCGCAUGCUUAACGAUGACGAAUUCACUGCUACUGCAAAGGUCGAUCGCUAUGGUCGCAAAGUAAAGUCCGACUCCAAGAAGAAGGCGCUCCAGAGACUGUAUCGCGAGGAAGGCGAUGAGGAGGAGGAGGAAGAGAAUGGGGCCGGAGAGCAAGACAUCGAGGUCGACGAUGACGAGGUUGUUCAGCGAGAACUGCGAAAAGCACAUGAGAAAUAUGACCCAGCUCGAGGCGGUGGUUUCUCUUCCUCAGAAGAUGAAUCUGAAUCCGAGGAGGAAGACUCAGAAUCGGAUGAAGAGGAGGGUGGUGCACAGGUCGAUACUGAGGGAGAUAUGCAGCGCUUCCAGGACGAGCAGAACGAGGCCGAGAGUGGAGACGUGACAAAACGAAUUGCGAUUGUCAACCUUGACUGGGACCAUGUCAAAUCCGCCGACCUUAUGGCUCUAUUCAGCAGCUUCCUUCCCGAUACUGGUGGAAAGAUUGACAAGAUUUCAGUAUACCCCAGCGAGUUCGGCAAGGAGCGCAUGCAGCAGGAGGAAGUAGAGGGGCCUCCCAAGGCACUAUUCAAGAGCUCCAAGAACGAUGACUCGGACGAUGAUUCCGAAGAUAGUGACGAAGACAGUGAUGAAGGAGACGAGCGCAUCAAGAAGGAUUUGAUCCAGGAGGGUGACGAUCAAGAUUUCGACAGCGAUGCACUAAGAUCAUACCAACUUGACCGUCUACGAUACUACUACGCCGUUAUGGUUUGCUCAAGCCCCGAAGUUGCCCAGAAGCUCUACGAGGCAGUCGAUGGACGAGAGUACCAGUCAUCUUCAAACUUCCUUGAUCUCCGAUUCGUCCCCGACGAUGUUACUUUCGACGACGAGCCGAGAGACGAGUGCGAAAAGGUCCCCGAAUCAUACAAGCCUGUCGAGUUUGUGACCAAUGCCCUACAGAGCUCCAAGGUCAAGCUCACUUGGGACAUGCACCCGGAGGAGUCAUCUCGAAAGGAAUCUAUCAACCGCGCUUUCAGUGGCAGUCGCAACCAGAUUGAAGAGAACGAUCUUCGUGCGUACCUAGCCAGCGAUAGCGACGAUGAUGAUGAUAUGGAAGAGGAUGUUGAAGAAGUCGCCGAAGAGAACGGAGAAGAUGGACCCAAGCUUUCCAAGAAGGAAUUAGCCCGUCGAAAGAUGAGAGCUGCUCUGGGUUUGUCUGAGGAACCUACCAAGUCUUCCAAGAAGGCCCCUGUCGGAGACAUGGAGAUCACAUUUACCCCUGCGCUUUCAGAGUCCGCACCCAAGAAGACUGCCGAAGAAGAGACAACAAUCGAGAAGUACAUCCGAAAGGAAAAGGAGCGAAAGGAGAAGAAGCGCGAAGCAGCACGAGCUAGACGCGCAGGUGUGGAUCCUGAAGCUGAAGCGGAGGAAGAGGAGGAGGAAGUGGAAGUUGAAGAGGCACCCGAGGGCGAGACUGAUGAUCUUGGUUUCGACGAUCCAUUCUUCACCGCCGCUGAACCUGCCGCAGCAUCCAAGGCAUCUAUCCGCAAGGCCGACCGCAUCAAGAAGCGAGAAGCCCGUGAAGCUGCUGAGGCCGAGGAUAAGGCACAGAAGAAACAGUUGGAGACUGUCAUGGCCGAUGUUAACCAAGACCAAGCCGAUCAUCUCGACCACUUCGACAUGAACGAGAUUCUGCGAGUCGAGAAAGCCAAUCGCAAGAAGGGCAAGGCCAAGAAGAAGGCCCUGGCCAAGGAGUCGCGCGGCGGCCUCCAGGAGGACUUUAACAUGGACGUUGGAGAUGACCGUUUCAAGGCCGUGUUUGAGAGCCACGAGUACGCUAUCGAUCCUUCUAAUCCUAAGUUCAAGGCUACCGAGGGUAUGCAGAAGCUGCUGGAGGAGGGCAGGAAGAAGCGAAGAGGUGGAGAUGAGGAGGUGGAGGAGCCUAGAACUAAGAAGGCCAAGAAGGGAAGAAAAUGA